AUGUGGAAGCUGGACACCCUUGGAAUCACUGACCUUGCCGACGGGAAACUCAGAGGAGACCGGUACCAGGUACCACUCCUCAUCAAGCCCUCUUGCUGUGGAGUCUUGGCUGAUAACCGCAGCAUCGCGCAGACGAGACUACUCUCGCAGCUUCGGCGUCUUCGAGACCAUCCGGAUCUCCUAAAGCAGUACCACGACAGAAUUUCCGAAUAUUUCCUCGAAGGCCACGCAGAGAAAGCCCCGGAGGUACCUCAGGAGAACCUCUACUAUCUUCCUCACCAUGCUGUAAUCCGGAAGGAAGCAGUGACAACAAAGGUUCGCGUGGUAUUCGACGCGUCGUCACACGUCAGCGGUGCCCCAUCGUUAAACCAAGUACUGCAGAAGGGGCCCAACAUCAACGCAGACUUACUGCUUCAGUUGGUGUCCUUCCGUUGUUAUCCUAUCAUUCUCACCGCGGAUAUCCGGAAAGCGUACCUGUAG